CUACCACCCCAGCACUACAUCCUCAGCAUCCUCCUAUCAUGGCUACUCACAGCCAGCCGCAGCCGAGCUCGCUUACAUCCCUUCUAACAUCCAUCUUUGCACAAGCAUCCUCGCCAGCAUCGCCGCCAACUCCUCAACCAUCUACUUCGGCUGCCGCGUCCUCCCAGGAAGAUCCUGCCCUUCGCCUGCUAAGUCUCAUCGAGCGAUGCAACACCCUUGCCAACUCGCUCUCCCUCUUCUCGGACAACGACACGCUGGAGGACUUGCCUACUAGUACUCUGCGGGCGCUGUUUCUUCACAGUGUCUGGGCGGAGGUCGAGGGCAAUGUGAGAACGAUGGGAGAUCCGCAAGCUAGGAAGUCGCGGUUACAGGCCGGCCGGACACACUAUAUCACCUUCGUCCGAACCUUGUUCGACCUCAACAUCUUACCAAAGACUGGCUCCUCCUCCUCUCCUCCUACAUCCCCGUUCCACCUCCUCGCCUCCCUCCUCCGACCUCUCUCCGCCCCACGAACCUCAUCGAGCUCGAUCGCUGCGAGUCUACCCACCAAUCCUCACCAAAGACGCGAGCUCAAAGUCGCUCUCUUCAAGCUGGAACGUGCUUUCAAGACUGCUCUCGAUGAGUAUCGCCACGCAGCGAGAGCCAAGGCAGGAGUGAAUCAAGGCGGCGGUCUGAGCGUGCCCGGAACAGGGACUUCCACUGGUAGCUCGUCGUCGGCCACCUUGAACGAGCCCGAAGAGGCGCAAUGGGAUCUUCUCGUGCUCCCUCGUCGGAGAGGGAGGGAUGAAGGCGAGGAAGACGAAGAGGAAGAGGAAGAAGAGUCCGGAGCGAGCGCCUUCGUGUCCGGUACGGGCCGGAGCGAGAGAGGUUCGGCAGGACAACAGAACGGUGGAGGCCAAGGCGGCACAACAGUCUCUCCACCGACCAAUCUGAGGGCAUAUCUGCUGAUGCUCCUGCAGCUCCAUGCCCUGCUGGCUUACAACAACCUCGCUGCAAUGGACGACGAGAUCAAGCUGUUGUCCAAUAUACCAGCCAGCGCGGCCAGAGACGCCAGGGAGAGCCAAGCGCGAGAGGAGGCCGAGCUGGAAAGGAGGCGAGGUGGCAGCGGUAGCGACGACUUCAGGCUAGAGAGGCGCUUCGACGCUUCCACACCUGGCCCGCUGAUGGACGACAAGGGCAAGCCUCUCCGGCCUUUCACCAUUACUGCCUCCAACGGAAAGCCACAAACUCUUGGCGCGAAUGGUCAGAUGGUCGGAGGAGCACCGGUCCACGAUCUGGACGAGCGACAGAGGAUCAGAGAGGGCGUCUUCAGGCCAGGCCAUCGUCUGCCGACGAUGAGCAUCGACGAGUACCUCGAGGAGGAGGAGAGGAGAGGGAAUAUCAUCCAGGGCGGAGGAGCUGCUGGCGCUGCUCAGCCUACGCCGCGAGAGUCGAGGGCUCUGCGAGCAGAAAACGAUGGGACGCUUGAGGCGCAAGAAGCCGAGGAGGAGGCACGGCGUGAGGCUAUUGAGUGGGACGAAUUCAAGGAGAGCAACAAGCGUGGUGCAGGCAACACGAUGAAUCGGGGUUGAUCUAAGCCCAGUAUAUCACAAUUGAAGAUCUAUAGAUUGGGGUUCUGCAAGACUCCCAUCUCUAUCACAGUCUCUGUAUUAGUACAAAUGCACACCCGCCAUACUUUCCGUGUUCAAUAUCCCAACACGUUCCGCCUCAGCUCCUUGUUCUCCGUGCGCCUCUGUCUUCUCCAAGCCGUG